AUGACCCUCGUGUUAAGGUGCACUACAACAUUCCACACAACAAACUGCAUGUUUACUUCAUACACAACCAAAUUCCAAGCAUUCGUCGUGUACCACAAAUCAGGAGCAACCAAUUGUAGCGCCCCAUCCAUCCCAGCUCACGCACACCUUACAGACCGCCGACUGAACUACAACUACGGUGACAGGAUUACUGUAACUUGCAAUACCAGCUCGGAUAGCUUUACCAUUCAGUGCCACAACAAGGGACUCUGGAGUGGCCCCCAGAUCUCUUGUCCUGCACCUGCAUAUGCAGUCGGUCUUCCAGCCAAAUGUAGCGCUCCACUAAUUCCGAGGUACUCGUGGAUUCCAUCUCUUCAGUUGAGCUAUAACCAUGGUGAAAGAGUGACUGUCCAAUGUGACAAUAGCAGUGUUCAACCCUUUACACUUCGAUGUAAUACCACAGGCUUAUGGAUUGGCCAAAUGCGACAGUGUCCUCCCCCAAUCGCAGAGCCGGUACGAUGUAACACUCCGUACAUCCCGAGGUAUGGGACAAUUGAUAACCUUCGUCUGGACUACAGUGUUGGCGACAGUGUUAGGAUCACAUGUGACAGCAGUACUGACAGCUAUAACCUUCGGUGUAACACUGAUGGGUUUUGGACGGGGAGCGUUCUUCCGUGUCCGGCACCAAUUGAAGAUCCAGAGAAGUGCAGCGCCCCUUAUGUUCCAAGGUAUGCCACAAUCCAAGACUUCAGAAUGAGCUAUGACUUCAGUGAAAGAAUAACCGUGACAUGUGACAACAGUUCCACACAGUUCACCCUACAAUGUCACACGCAUGGCCUGUGGAGUGGUCCAGUAGUGUCUUGUCCAGAACCAAGCAGACCCCCUACAAGGUGCAACGCUCCUAGCAUUCCAAGAUAUUCAUCAGUUCGAAAUUUUCAAGCAUCUUACGACUUGGGCGCAAGGGUAAAUGUAAGAUGUGAUAAUAGCUCGAUUCGAUUCGCACUCAGAUGUCGCACUGGUGGACUCUGGGAGGGACAGGUACAAGCUUGCCCGACACCUGUAGAAAAACAGUGUAGCGCCCCUUACGUCCCCAGGUAUGCCACAAUCCAGGGCCUCAAAACAAGCUACGACUUCAAUGAACGAAUUACCGUGACAUGUGACAACGAUACUAGACAGUUCACCCUCAGAUGUCACACGCAUGGCCUAUGGAGUGGCCCAGUCGUGUCUUGUCCCGAACCUUACAGACCACCAAUACGAUGUAACAGUCCGUACAUCCCACGGCAUGGGUCUAUUGACAACCUUCGUCUGGACUACAGUGUUGGCGCCAGUGUAAGGAUCACAUGUGACAACAGUACAGAUAACUAUAGCCUUCGGUGUAACUCUGAUGGAUUCUGGACGGGAAGCGUUCUUUCUUGUCCUGAACCAAUUGAAGCCCCUACAAGGUGCAACGCUCCUAGCAUUCCGAGAUAUUCAUCAGUUAGGAAUCUUCAAGCAUCUUACGACUUGGGCGCCAGGGUAAUUGUAAGAUGUGAUAAUAGCUCGGUUCGAUUCGGGCUCAGAUGUCGCACAAGUGGACUCUGGGAGGGACAGGUAGCAAAUUGCCCGACACCUACAGAAAAGCCGGUACGAUGUAAUAGUCCGUACAUCCCGAGGUAUGGGUCUAUUGAUAACCUUCGUCUGGACUACAAUGUUGGCGCCAGUGUAAGAAUCACAUGUGACACCAGUACGGACAGCUAUGACCUUCAGUGUAACUCUGAUGGAUUCUGGACGGGAAGCGUUCUUUCUUGUCCGGAACCAAUUGAAGCUCCCGUGAAAUGCAGCGCACCAUACGUCCCAAGAUAUGCAACAAUACAAAACUUUCAACUGAGUUAUAACUCUAGUGAUAAUAUAACUGUGACAUGUGAUGGCAGCAGCACUCAGUUUAUCCUACAGUGUGACACGAACGGUCUGUGGAAAGGCCAGGCGGUAUCUUGUCCGGAACCUCCACAAGUUCCAAGACAAUGCAAUGCUCCCGCUCUCCCAAGAUAUUCAAGUAUUGAGGGACAGCAAUUGGCGUACAAUGCUAAUGACGAGAUAGCUGUAUCCUGUGACGGAAGUAGUUCUCAGUUCACCCUUCGUUGUAACAAUGCUGGAAUAUGGACUGGAUCUAACAUCGAUUGCCCUGCGCCUGAUCCGGGUGCCACUCAUCAAACCUUCUGUAGUGCUCCGGUCAUUCCCCGUCAUUCAACCAAUCAGAAUCUUCGUCUCUCAUACAAACCUGGCGAUAGGGUUAAUGUGACAUGCAAUGAAGAUCCUAGUUCUUUUCUAUUGGUAUGUCAAGAAGGGAUAUGGAUUGGACAAAACAUAGUGUGCGAGGAACCAGAUGUAGAAUGCGACCCACCAAUCAUACCAGCUGUUUCAUCUGUCCAAAAUUUAAAACCUCGCUACAAGGUCGGCGACGAGGUGAACGUUACUUGCAACGGCGACUCUGAUUGGUUUAUUUGGGAAUGUCACCGGGAUGGUAAAUGGCGAGGAAGGGCCAUUGAUUGCCCUAUUCCAAGACCAUCCCUUGGCCAUGUCAGUGCCGUUCCAGGAAAUACUGCAGACAGAAAAGCUGAGAAUGAGAGGACAGGUUUCUUAACUACGGUCCUGCUUGUAACGGCGCUGAUCGUUUUCGUUUUGGUGUUGAUGUCAAUGGCAGGCUUCUCGAUCUUCGUGAAACGUCGUGUCCGUUCAUCGUCAAACGAAUACCUGCAUGCUAAAAGUACUGAUCGGGGACCACUCCCGGACGUCCCAUCGGGCAUGUCGGGUUACGCAGGUUACAUUACAGGUGACAAGCCUUUGUACACGGAACCCUACCUCCAACCAGACCGCAACACUAAGAACUACGAGGACUAUGAUACCCCACGUUAAGCUACCUUGCUCAAAUCGGCAUCGGCGAUUGUUGAACGAUACAACGAAGAAGAACGAAAAAAAAUAUGAUUACAGAAAAGAUAUUUACACAGAGAAAUAUAAAUGACAUAAGAUGAACCAAAAAACAUAGACGAUUACUUACAAUCCAUUUUGUUUGUGGGGAUGUGUUUCAUUCCUACCAGACCUUGUACUAUUCGGGGGGUGUACAAGGCACAAAGAAACUUCUUCUUGAAGUUUUGUUAAAUACAUUUUAGAAGUAAUUUGCAUUGUUGCCAUGUUUAUGAAUAAUUAUUUUAUAUAUCAAAUCUUCAAAAUAAGCUAUUCCGAAAAAAAGAAGAAAUCAAGUUUGAUUAAGUGUAAACAAGGGCUUCAUAUUACAAAAAUAAUAGAUUAUUAAACCUAAAUUUAAAUAUGAGGAACAAAGAUAUGGAAAAAUUGAAACAAUAUUUCAUCUGUAAUGCAUUUUUUUCAUUUAUUUAUUUAAUCACGGCAUACCCACUUCAGCCUACUGGCUGUUCUUCUGUCAUUGAUUUUAGUCGAAAUUAAAUAAACCAAACUUGAACGAUAUAAGUGAACUAAAAAAAAUAUUUCAAGUAUUGAUCUUACUUUGCAUGUGUGUGUUUGGAUGCCCUGUUGAUAUACAGGAAUUGUAGAUAUACACACAUUAAAUUUAGAUUUAGAUUUAUUUAUUUCCGUUCAACAUUUUUUUCAAAAUACAAUCAAAGUAACAAUACAUAUUCAAUAUAAUAGAUAUUACAGAAAAAUCAAUGACAUCAAUGACAAAUCAAUUACAGACAAAUCAAUGACAAAUUAUGUUAUCAGAAUAUUUCUAGCAAUAGGAAGAAUAAUUUUUUUAUGUUCUUUUCAGUUGCACAGUGGUAAUGACUUUUAUUACAGAUAUUCAUUGCAGUUGGCUGGGGAGAAUAAAAGCUUUCAAAAGAUUUGCCGAAGAUUUCAAGCUAUACAGUAAUUAGAUGCUAAUUCACGGUAGUUUAAUCUAUAUUCAAAUAUUAGUUCUUGGUUUGCAUUUAUCAAGCGCCUGUAAAUUAUUGCAAUAUCAAUGAUCACUGUUGGUAUUACCUUGAAAUAUGUUUGUUUUGGUCAACAUUGGCUUUAGUUGACUAUUGAGUAUAGUUUCCUAGAGGUAAAAAAGUAUCGGGCCUAUUUGAAAUGUGGUUUCUGUGAGAACUUAUUCUCACAGAAACCUCUGUGCUUUUCUUUUCAAGUUCUCUUUAAUUCAAGUAUGAUAUUUAAUCAAGGCAUUGUUUUGUUUAUUUAAGAUAUGUUCUAUUCUGUAUUAUUUCAUGCAUUUCUAAUUUGUUUGCAUUGUGCAUGUGUCUUUUUUUAACCUAUUUGAAUUUGAAUGAAUAUAUAAUUAAAUUGAAUUGAAUUUCAUAAUCUGGAACUAUGUUGUACUUCUGGAA